UUGAAUUUGUACAAAGUCCAUCCCUUUCCAAACUUGUAAAAGACACCAAUUUUACACUAAUGAUAAACAACAAUGCUAAACUAAAUUUUAUCAUGCCGUCAAAUUUCUCCUCCCAAACUAAACCCCUCACCAAACUCCUCUCCUCUCCCCAACUCACUACCAAACAACUCCAACAAAUACAAACCCAACUCUUGAUCAAAUACCCAUCUCAAAAACCCCCAUUAAACAUCUCCAAUUCCUUAAUCUCAGCCUAUGCUUCCUCUUCAACCCCCAUCAAUUCAUUCGCCUUCUUCAAAUCCUACACCCACCCUCCAAACAAUGGAAACUCCUUCACUUUCCAAUCCCUCCUCAAGUCCUGCUCCAAGUCUAGGUCCAUCGCCCACUCAACCCAACUCCAUUGCUUAAUCUCAAAGCUUGGAUUCAUAUGUUGCACUUCAGUGCAGAAGGCAUUGCUUAAAUGUUACGUUGUUUGUGGGCGAUUACACGUUGCCCGCUUCCUGUUUGAUGAAAUGCUUGAAAGGGAUAUUGUAUCUUAUAACAUUAUGAUCAGUGGUUACUUUGAGUUGGGCGAUACGCUAUCGGCAAUUGAGCUGUUUGAAUGCGCUCCAAACCCGAACCGGGUGUCUUGGACUGCAAUGGUAACGGGUUUUUGCAACAAUGGGGAUUCUUUGAUGGCUAGGAGGUAUUUUGAUGAGAUGCCUGAUAAGGAUUUGGUGUCUUGGAAUGCUAUGAUUUCUGGUUAUGUACGUAACCAGCAACCGCUGCAAGCAUUGCACUUGUUUGUUUUGAUGCAAAUGGAGAGGUUUAGGCCUAAUAGGGUGAGUAUUGUUAGUGUUCUAUUGGCCUGUGCUAGUUCGGGUGCUUUGGAUGCUGGAAAAUGGAUACAUGUUUAUGUUAACAAGAACAAGUUUAGAUUGGAUGCAUUUCUUGGUUCUGCGUUGAUUGAUAUGUAUACAAAGUGUGGGGCUGUCGAGUUUGGUUUAGACGUAUUCACGAGUUUAAAGGCGAAGAAUACUUGUGUUUGGAAUACGAUGAUCAAUGGAUUGGCUUUGAAUGGACAUGCCCGGAGAGCCUUGGAUGUCUUUGAUCAAAUGCAACUUGGUGCAUCUAUUAGGCCCGAUGAGAUUACUUUUGUUGGCAUCCUCAUGGCUUGUAGCCAUGGAGGAUUUCUAGAGGAAGGAAGAAGGCAUUUUUAUUGCACUUCAAAGAAGUAUGAUGUAAGUCUAAUUUUGGAGCAUUAUGCUUGUAUGGUUGAUCUCUUGUGUCGGUGUGGAUUAUUGAAGGAAGCGGAAGAUAUUGUAAGAGAAAUGCCAAUGAAACCAGACAUUGUUAUUUGGAGGGCUUUACUUGGGGGUUGUAAAAUCCACAAUAAUGUUGCAUUAGCCGAAAAAAUUGUUUUAGAAAUGGAAGCACAUGAAAGUGGUGAUUAUGUGCUUUUGUCUAAUAUAUAUGCUUUGGCUGGAAGAUGGAAGGAAGUAGAGAAGAUAAGAAAGAUCAUGAAGAAUAUGGGAAUUGAGAAGAUUCCUGGUAGUAGUUCAAUUGAGAUAAAUAACAUGAUCCAUGAGUUUAUUUCAGGUAAUAAGUCUCAUCCUAGAUACACUGAUAUAUGUGCUGAGUUGGAGGAAUUGAGAAAAAAGAUGAACACGGAAGGAUAUCAUGCUGAGAUAACAGAGGUUUUGUAUGAUAUAGAUGAAGAGGAGAAGGAGCAUGCACUUGGACACCAUAGCGAAAAGCUCGCUAUCGGGUUUGGUCUCAUUAGUACUGCUCCUGGAACUACACUAAGGAUUUUUAAGAAUCUUCGGGUUUGUACAGAUUGUCAUAGUGCUACUAAGUUGAUAUCGAAGAUAUGCAAGCGAGAAAUUAUUGUUCGUGAUCGAGUCAGAUUCCACCAUUUCAAAGAUGGAGUAUGUUCGUGCAACGAUUUUUGGUAGGAAAGUGUUAUUGGUUUCUUAUUUUUUACAUAGUUCUCUCUAAUCUUUCUGAAAUUUGGAGAAAUAACUUCAUGUUAAGUUAUUGCCUUGUAAAUACUUCACUGUACUUGUUAGUUAUUGCCUU